CAAACCGGGUGGAAGAAGUUUUAUCACUCGUCAUAAAGUUCCAACACCGUUUGGCCCCAAAAAGCAUUUACAAACGAUCCAACAGGUAAUGUUAGCAAAAGGUGAAGUUAUGGCAAAUACGAUCGGUGCACCGAAAAUCCACGUUAUGGCUUCCAACUUUGAACGUAGCACGUGUGCCGGAUGUAAUGAAUGUGCCGACUUUGGGGGGGAUGUACAUACGGAGGGAUACCUGUUGAAUCGUUGGCCAUGUGGAAGUGUGUUUUGAAAAGAGUUCGUAUCCAUUGGUGCAUAUGCAAAUGGUGUUAAAUACUGCAGCGGCUAGAGGGUAUAAAUAGCAGCACUAGUAGAGAUUUCAUUAAUGUAUCAAACGAUGUGCAUUGUUGUUUCCUUUUCGAUCGAUUCGAUUCGUGCAAAUUUGCUUCAGUACCCUAAGAAAUCCAACGAAAAAUCCUUCAAAAUUGUUACUUCCGAAACUUCACCCACAACAAAUGUACACAAAUUGUCCACAAUGUAUCGGUAGCAGAAACUGUGUUCAGUUAACAAAAAAAGAAAAUUGCUACAAUUUAAGCCGAUCGUUACGCAAUAUUUACAAUCCAUCAAUUAAUAUGCAAUAACUUCAAACCAUUAGUGGCGCACAGAAAUGCACCCCUUCGCCUUGCGGUGCAAGUGCAACAGACGAUUGGAACCGUUUUCAAUGCUUCCAGAAUUAAUUUGCACCGAUAAACAACAACCCUGUUUGGCGGAUUACCUACAUUGUUUUUUUUGCUGUGGCCAAUCCUUCACGAUCGGUGCCACAUUCGAGGUGGUGUUGGAGCGUUUUCCAUUUUCGAAAGAUAAUAUUUUAUCAGUUGCAAUAGCGCAACCGCACGUCAGUAGGCGUUAGGUUGUGGUGCCAUCUUGAUGUGCGAUCCGCCUAUUGGUGAGUUCUGCAAAAAGUAGUGGCAAAGCUGAGAACGGAUCGGAGUACUACAACUACGGUUGUGAAAGUAAAUCCCGAGCAAGACACGAACGUGUGUAAUUCAAUGUCAAUGCCGGUGGUUGCUUCUCCUGGUGGUUCGUGUACAUGAACCUUGGCAAGGAUCGCUGUUACACCGGCGGCACGCGCACCGUGCCGUUGUGGCAGGAUAAAAAAGCAUAAAACUAGGGUCCACCGUUGGUUUGUGGUUUAGUGUGGCAUUCGGAGUGGAUCAGUGCCGAUCGCAGUCGAGUCGUCCGCACGUCAGAAGGCAGUGCAUUAUCACCAGUGUGUAGUGUGGAAAGUGUGUGCAAGUGCCAUUAGUUGUCGGAGCAAAAAUUCAUCCACGAGGUGUCGGGUUUCUUACCGAAAAAAGGGCGGAAAUGACGACACAGUCAGGAUGUUACGAAUCCGUGACGGAUUUUUACGCCAACACGGAUGUUUUCAUUACCGGUGGGACGGGAUUUCUGGGGAAGGUGUUGAUCGAGAAGCUGCUCCGCUCCUGUCCAGACAUUGGGUGCAUCUUCGUGCUAAUGCGCAACAAGCGUGGCAAAUCGAUCGAGACGCGCGUUAACGAACUCGUCAGUUAUCCCCUGUUCGACCGGUUGAGGGAGGAAAACAAAAGUGCCUUGAAUAAGGUGGUCCCGGUAUUCGGUGACAUUACACAGUUGCGCCUGGGAAUGUAUCAGGAGGACAUCCAGAGGCUAAGCAAUGUGUCGGUAGCGUUCCAUUUGGCCGCUAGCGUUAGGUUUGACGAUCCGUUGCGUGAUGCUAUUAAGACGAACAUCUGCUCGACGCAGGAGCUGUUCGAGGUGCUUAAAACUACAACCGCCAAGAUACGGGCCGUGGUACACGUGUCUACCGCGUACAGCAAUCCAGAGAAUCGUCAUGUUGAGGAAAAGCUUUACCCACCAAAGUAUGAUUGGCAAAAACUCGUCCAAGCCGUCGAUCGUUACGAACCGGAAGUACUGGAUGCGCUGAUGCAAAAACUUUCACAGAACUCCCCAAACACGUACACCUACACCAAAGGAUUGGCGGAACAGGUAUGCAACCAUUACUGUAACGAGCUACCGUUGGCCAUCGUACGGCCUUCGGUGGUGUUGUUCACCAUACAGGAACCGAUGAGCGGAUGGGUGGACAAUUUCAAUGGACCUACGGGCAUGUUGGUCAGUGCCGGGAUAGGCAUCACCAGGACAGCCUACCUGCGACCGAGAAAUCGUAUCAAUAUCAUCCCGGUCGACGUUGUCGUAAAGACCAUCAUUCUGGCCGCUUGGAAGCGGGGAACCCUUGAGCGUACCUGUGGUCCUAACCAUCUACCGAUCUACAACAGUGCCGUCACGUACGAGCAGUCGCUGGAGUAUCAGGAAAUGUUGGAUCGUGGCAAGGAGUACCUAUACGCGGUACCAUUUAGCCGUAUGCUCUGGGUGCCUCGUGGAUAUCCAACGGAUUGGAAAGCUUUGUACUAUUUCAAGCUAAUUUUCACCAUGCUUUUACCAUCGUUUCUGUUGGAUCUUCUUAUCAGAAUGUUUGGACACAAACCAUUUUUAAUGAAAUUACAAUCCAGAAUUUAUGGUUCCGAAGUUUCGCUGCGCUACUUUGUCUGGAAUGAGUGGGAGUUUGAUACGAAGCAGACAAAUAAUUUAAUCGAAUUGCUGAACGAGAAAGAUCGGAGCACCUUCGGAUGGUACAUGCCAAGAACGUUAACUGGCACAUAUCUCGAGAAUGCGUACAUCACCAUCAGACGCUACCUGAUGAAGGAUCCGGACGAGACGAUUCCGUACGCGAAACGAAAGCUAGCACGUAUGAUACUCUUCGAACGUAUCAUUCAGAUUAUCGCUGGCUGCUUAACGCUGGUGGCCAUUUGUAGGUCAAUGUUUGCUGGAAGUUUGUAGUGCUGCAAUAAACAUUACGAGUUGUUCCGGUUCUCGUUGCAAUUUUUGAAA